AUGUGUGGAGCAAACUGGGUGAGGCGCUUCAGGAAAAGAGCGACAAAGACCCCAAACUGGUUGGGCCCCCUCAGGAAAGAAGAGAAGACCCCCAAACUGCGUGGAGCAAACUGGGCGACCCCAAAUUGCGUGGGGCGAAAAGGCGGGAAAAGAGAAGGGGGGCGGGGCCGGCUUGGGGCCGCUCUUCCCCGUCGGGACCCCCCGCCCGCCCCUCCCCUUCGCGCGCCGAGGAGGAGGAGGAGGAGGAGGCGGGUCCGGCGGGGUCCGCCCAGCCAAACGGGGAGGCGGGUGGCGCGCGGAGGGGACCGGGCCAUGGCGACGCCGAGCGCCAUUCGGCCGCGGGGGACGCGGGAGACCCGGAUGGCCGCGCUCGUGGCCCCCGCGCUGCUCGCACUGCUGCUGCUGCUGCUGCUGCUGCCGGGCCUGGCGGAUGCAUCAUGUUGUCAUCGUGCCAAGGGUAACUUAAUGUGUCGUGAUGUCUGUGAACAGAUAUUGGCAUCUAAGAGUCAUUCACAUUUGAAACACCUUUUACAACGUGCACCUGAAUAUUGUCCAGAAUCAAUGGGUGAGGUUUGGAGCUGUAUAAAUUCUUCAUUGCCAGGUGUUUUGAAGAAAUCCCAUGGCUGGGUUGGCUUAGGUUGCUGUGAGUUAGCUAUUGUUGUAGAAUGUCGACAAGCUUGCAAACAGGCAUCUUCAAAAAAUGAUAUUUUGAAAAUCUGCAGGAAAGAAUAUGAGAAUUCUCUUUAUAGUUGCAUUAACAGAAAUGAAAUGGGAUCUGUUUGUUGCGGCUACGCAGGUCAUCACACAAACUGCCGGGAGUAUUGCCAAGCAAUUUUUCGAACAGACUCUUCUCCUGGUCCUUCCCAAAUAAAAGCUGUUGAAAGCUACUGUGCUUCUGUUAGCCCACAGUUAAUUCAUUGUGUGAACAACUACACACAGUCCUAUCCCAUGAGAAACUCAACCGAUAGUUUAUACUGCUGUGACCGAGCAGAAGAUUAUGCCUGCCAAACAGCGUGUAAAAGGAUCCUGAUGUCAAUGAAAACAGAACUUGAAAUUGUGGAUGGGCUUAUUGAAAGCUGCAAGACCAUGCCUCUGCCCCAGGAUCCUCUCUGGCAGUGCUUCCUGGAGAGCUCGAGAUCGGUUCACCCCGGAGUCACUGUGCACCCCCCACCCUCCACUGGCCUGGAUGGCGCUAAACUGCACUGCUGUUCCAAAGCAAAUACGUCCAUGUGCAGAGAAUUAUGCACUAAACUUUAUAGUAGCAGCUGGGGAAAUACACAGACUUGGCAAGAAUUUGAUCGUGUUUGUGAAUACAAUCCUCUCGAAGUUUCCAUGUUGACGUGUUUAGCGGAUGUACGUGAGCCUUGCCAGUUGGGCUGUAGAAAUUUGAGUUACUGCACUAAUUUUAAUAACAGGCCGACAGAACUCUUCAGGAGUUGUAAUGCUCAGUCGGACCAGGGAGCCAUGAAUGACAUGAAACUUUGGGAAAAAGGAAGCAUCAAAAUGCCAUUUAUAAACAUCCCUGUGCUUGAUAUUAAAAAAUGUCAGCCGGAAACGUGGAAGGCGAUUGCUUGCUUGUUGCAGAUUAAACCUUGCCAUAGUAAAUCUAGAGGAAGCAUUAUUUGCAAAUCAGAUUGUGUAGAAAUUCUCAAGAAAUGCGGAGACUUGAGCAAUUUUCCUGAGGGACACAGGGCCGAAAGCAUUUGUGAACUCUUAUCUCCAACAGAUGACUUGGAGACUUGCAUACCCUUACACCCCUAUCUUCGCCCAAGUAUUUUAGGUAACGUUGUAGAGGAUGUUACACACCCCUGUAAUCCAAAUCCUUGUGCUGCCAACCAGUUGUGUGAAGUUAACAGGAAAGGGUGUCAGCUUGGGGAACCGUGCCUGCCUUAUAUUUGUGUGCAAGGCUGCAAGUUGGGUGAAGCUUCCGAUUUCAUUGUACGCCAAGGUACACACAUCCAGGUCCCAUCCUCGACCGAUGUUGGUUGCUAUAAAAUUUGCACAUGUGGCCAGAGUGGACUUUUAGAAAACUGUAUGGAAAUGCACUGUGUCGACCUCCAGAAGUCUUGCAUUGUUGGAGGGGAGAGAAAAAGUCACGGAACAUUUUUUGAUAUCGAUUGCAAUGUCUGCUCUUGUUUUGCUGGAAAUUUGAUAUGUUCCACUCGGCAGUGUCUGAAUGAACACAGCUCAGAUGAUGAGCGUCACAUGUUUACAGGUCUGCCCUGUAACUGCGCUGACCAGUUUGUCCCUGUGUGUGGGCAGAACGGACGCACUUAUCCCAGCGCCUGCAUAGCACGUUGUGUGGGGCUUCAGGACAAUCAGUUUGAGUUUGGAUCCUGCAUGUCUAAGGAUCCCUGCAAUCCCAACCCCUGCCUCAAACAUCAGAGAUGUAUACCAAAACCACAGGUUUGCUUAACCAGUUUUAAGAAAUUUGGAUGCAACCAGUAUGAAUGUGUGCCGAGACAAUCCAGGUGUGACCAGUUACAAGAUCCUGUUUGUGACACAGACAAUAUAGAAUAUAACAAUCCGUGUACUUUGCACCAAAAAGGGAAAAGUAUAUCGUACAAAGGUCCAUGUCAGUCCUUCUGCAAAUCAGUAGAAGUGGUGUGUGGACACAACGGCGAGAGCUACAACAGUGUCUGCGCCGCCUAUUCCGACCGUGUGGCCAUUGAUUACUAUGGGCCCUGUCAAGCUGUAGGAGCCCUUUCUCACUACAGCUCUCAAGGGGAAUGUGUGUCUGUACAGUGUCCCAUCCUUUCAGCAACUGGAUGCAAGCCACUGAUUCCACCUGGAGCGUGCUGUCCUUUGUGUGCUGGGAUGCUGAGGGUCUUGUAUGAUAAAGAAAAGCUGGACAUCUUUGUCAGGCUCGCAACCAAAAAACCGAUCACUGUGCUCGAAAUACUUCAAAAAAUCCGCCUCCAUGUUUCCGUGCCACAGUGUGAUGUAUUUGGGUACUUCAGCAUAGAAUCUGAAAUUGUGAUUCUUAUUGUACCUGUUGAUCAAAACCCCAAGCCUCUUCAGAUUGAAGCUUGCAAUAAAGAAGCUGAGAAGAUCCAGUCCCUGAUCAACUCAGACAGCCCCGCUCUGGCCUCCCACGUGCCCCUCUCAGCACUUCGAGUGGCCCAGGUGGAGGUGUCAGUCGGGGAAGCGUCCUCUGGUGGCCAGGUGUUGGCAGCGCUGCACACGCUCUUCUGGGGCUUGAUGUUUGCUUUCCUGGCCUCACUACGGAGUACAUAAUGACGCUUAAAAAAGGGUCAUUGUUUAAAUGUGUUUGUUUUUGCAAAGGACAUUCAGAACUGCUAUGCAAUGAUAAUGCAACAUACCUUUAUAUCUGAGAGUGGACUGCAGAGCUAAUAACGCCAGAAGCAGAAAGACUCCAGUUUACAGUUUUUUGGUAUAGUGUACUUUGGGCAUAAUCUAAAUUAAGGCUGGGGUGGGGAGCAGAGUUGCCAGUUUUUGGGUUGUAAAAUUCCUAGAGAUUUGGGGGGUGGAGCCUGGGAAGGGGAGGAGCCUCACAGGGGUUUAAUGCCACAGAAUCCACCUUCAAACGUAAUGGUUUUUUCCAGAACACCUCUGUUGCCUGGAGACGAGUUCUAAUUCUGAAAGAUCUCCAGCCACCACCUGGCAAUUGGCAACCCUACAUGGACAGUGAAACAGUCAUGCCGUUUACUCUGGUGACAGUUUUUGGGGACGAGCCAAAGACUAUGUCAGCAUCAGGGGUUGCGCACACACCAGCUUUGGACAGAUUUUUGUACUGCUUCAGAAACCAGCAAAACAUUUCUGGUAAAAAAUGAGCGCAGGACAAAAGCGUAUCCAUGAGAGUUAACCGUGGUUUUGGCAUUCAGCCUUCACAUUUCUGAUCUAAGGCCCCUUCCGCACACGCAAAAUAAUGCGUUUUCAAACCACUUUCACAAUUGUUUGCAAGUGGAUUUUGCUAUUCCACACAGCUUCAAAGAGCACUGAAAGCAGUUUGAAAGUGCAUUAUUCUGCAUGUGCAGAAUGAGCCAAAGUCUCUGGACUUUGGCUGCCACAUUGCAAGGCGAACCUGUGGGAUUUAAGCUGCCUUAUUGUAUGCAGGACCGCAGCCAUGCAGCCUAGUCUUGCGCCUGGUCGUUCAGAGGGAAGGCCCACUGAGUUGAGUAGUGCUUUCUUCUGGCUAAGCACACGCAGGCUUGCAACAUUGGUCCUGUCUCCUUGUUCUUGGGUACUUUAAAAAGGACACUAUUUCUAAUCCACUAGACCCAGGCUGAUCCAAUGGUAGUCCUACAGGGGGAAAAGUCCUUAGGGAAAAGUAUGUGCAAGGAACUCCAGCAGCCCAGGAGAACCUGUCUGAAGGUAGAUGAGAAUGCCCACCUUCAUCUGUUGUACGCAGGGAUGACUAGAGAUUCGGGUCCCCACCACACUACGGCAGGUUACCCUUCUACAGCCACUGUUUUGCACAUGCCAAAUCUUUACUAUGCAGACAAAGUCAGAGUUUUCAUUCCCCUGAAAGAGAAAACCGUGCAAAACAUUUUUUCUUAAUUCUCAUCAUCAUCAGUAGAUAAAUAUUGUAUAAGUAUUAUUUGAAAAGUAUUGAGAAGUAUUAUUUUUAUAUUACUUAGAGGUAUUCGGAACGAUAAAUGUACCCUAUUUUUAAACAUCGAUUUCUGCAGGAAACAAAUUGCUGCUACUAAUUUACCAAAAAAAAAAAAAUUUGAAUUGUGUAACAAACUUUUACAUAUAAAUACCUUAUAUAUUUUAUUAUGAAGAAAAUAGCCAUGGGCGAAGUUCUGCCGAGAGUGGCGUGUGGGAGUCUCACUCCGCAUGCACGGAAGGAUUUGCCCCCAAUUGUCAAUCAAGCGUUAAGCUAGAACUUUUCUGAGAUAAGGGAUAUGCAAUGUAGAGGUGAGUGGUGCAAAUACAGCACAUUGCUGACUUCCUUUUAGAAACAAAGUUAUGAAGGAUUUUAAGCUAUUUAUGCAUCAUUCUAAAUAUUGCAGUAUUUGCAUAUUUCUAAAUAAAUCUACAGUGUUAACAUGUAAAUGUUUUAUAUAAAGCAUAUAUUUUAAUUCUUGUGGCACAAUCGAGUGAGUGGGUCUGACGCACUCGGGCCCCCUUGAAGUGAAGGUGAGGAUACGCCCCUGAACAUUCACUUCAGCAAGGAGAUGUUCAGGUUGGACGGAGCCUGUACUGUUUUGUAUGCACCUGAAUUUUUAUCUAUAUGAAGUAUUUUGUAUCAGUAUUACAACUGCCGACUUUUGAAGUCUGUACAGAUCGUACGGUCUUUGCCAAAUUGCCGGACUUUAAAGGGAGGCAUUGAAAAAUUAUUUGUAGUAUCUGUUUGCCAUUGUGAUGUGCUUGUAGCAAGUGUUUCGUUUGGUUUUUUAUAAAAUGAAAAAAACUUUGAAAUGCAGUAUGAAAACUUUUAUUUUAAUAAAAAUGUUUUUAUUUU